GUUUUUAUGCUCCAGAGAUAUGUGCAGAAGCGGAAUCCACCUGUAUCCGCAAGUAAGAGAGAAAAUCGGUCUUGCAACAGUCCCCAAAAUAAUAGCACUCAUGACUGUAUAGGUAAGUUGUUUCUCCGUCUUUCGGUGACUCUGUGUAGAGGACUGUUCUCUCCUUUGCCAUGACAUUAUACAGCACAGGAAUUCUGCAGAAAUGUGGUCCAGUCUAAACAGUGUAGACGCAAUGGGUGUCAUACUCGGGUCUCCGGUUCUGUUCUUUGCCAUCUUGGAACCCAUGAGGACCCGUCAGAAUGGUAGGCAUCUGGCAGUUUAUGAUGGACUCCUGGGUCUGGGAUAACCCCCACUGGUCCAAAGGGAAGGGGGGAUAGAUGUGUUGGAGAGCAGCCAACUCUGCCACACCAGCCGUGUCUGGCUCGAUUCAGACAAUGCAUGUGAAUACAGCAGCAGGAGUGGAAUCCUUAGAUUUGGCGAGGUACAAUCUCUUAUGUGAGUGCAUUUUUGGGGAAAAGAUCAGCAAACUGACUGUAGUUAUGUAUACAAAACCCACGCUGAACACAAGAGCUCGCUCAACAUGCGUCUGAUCCUUUUUAAAUUCAGUCUCCACUCCCACCAUAAUGUUAUAUAUUACAUACUAAAGCAAACCAGUUGCCCAAUAUUUGUUUGCCAUGAUAGGUGAUCUUAAACAGCCUUGUGAAAUCUAAAACUGUAUUUAUUUUUGUGUGUGCGCUGUUCCCUAAUCUGUAUUUUGCCUUCACUCUCGUUAAACUGAAAGCAAAAAAGAUGGGAUUAAGUUCACUUCCACAAGUGGUGUGGGUUAAAAGGUCAUAGCUUCAAACUAUGGUGUUGAGGAAUAGCGACAUGAGCUCUAACUGCUUAGGAGCUGAUAAACUCAUGCAGAAAUUUGGACAGCCUAUCUCACAAGUCGUUGACAGUUAGUUAAAGAGGGAGUGUUCUUUAGGAUUUUUACAUCUGUUUCAGGAAACAUUCAGAGCAAAGACAUCCAAGUUUGCCUCAAGGAGCAUUUGACAUCGUAGCUGUCUUGCAACUUGAAAAUGAGACACUGUGUAAUAACAUCGCUCCAAUGGGAUGUGUGUAAAAUCCUUGCAUUUAUCGUUUUUACUGUUGAAGCCUUUCCCCAGACAGAGCUAAAACUCAGCCAAGGUGAGUGCUUUUGCAAACGUUAGAACAAAUGUAGAAUCUAUACUUUUAUAGUUUUUUGUUUUGUUCUGUUUUGUUGUUGUUGUUCUUCUUUUUUUGUUUUGAUUUUGUUUUUGGUAAUAUUUUUGAAUCUGUCAUAUAAACAAAUAAUAUAUCAAAGAUUGUCAAUGAGCUAGCUAAGUGUCCAAAUGUCAUCAUUUUAAUUUAAAAAAAAUGUAAAUAUUCUCCAGCAAUUGCUUCCUAGGUUACAAUGCUUACUUCUAAAUCAUCACAAGUUAAGAUCACAGGUAGGACAAAUUCCAAUCACACUGUAUGUACCUUCAAACAUAUCAGGGGCAAAAUAAAAUCUGAAAAAAGAAAUAUGUAUAAUACAAAAAUGGGUGAUAUAACAGGAUUGGAUGGAUUCCAAAUGGAUAAUGGUAACCUUCUUGGGAGUUCAAGGUAGUAGAUACAUGGAGUUGUCUUCUAGCAGAUGAAGUAAAGCUAACACGGUAAAGGAAUUAAAGAAUGCUUGAUAUCUUUGCAAAGUUAUCCUGAAUAAUAUGGAGCUAAAAUAAAUACAGUGUUUAAAAAUGUGCCAUCUAUGGCCUUGUUUCAAUAAGCUUUCAAAUGGAUCAGUACUCUUAAAAAAAAACUUUCCAAAGAUUUGUAUACAAUAAUUCCCAUGGGCUUUAAUUGUGACUUCUGUAGGUAAAUCAUCUGGAAUGUUUUUCAAAUAGUGUUGAAUUAUUUUAGAAGCUUAUUAAAUUUAGGCCAUUAUUGGCCUCACCGGUUCUCAAAUAAAUCUAGAAGAGUCUCCAAGCAUUCCAAUGUUUAUGGACUGCUCAAAUUGUGCUGAAAUAGCUACAUACAUAAUAUCGAUAAAAAAUCAUUGAUAUUUUUUUAGGAUUCCUUAAUGAAUAAUAUUAAAGCUAUUUAAUUAAGGUCAUUGUAUUCUUUAUUGCACGCUAACACUGUCCAUAAAGACUGGGAAAUAGCCCCUGUGACCCCUUUUAAUUAAGGUUUUCUCCUCUGUGGCCAUCAGUCUGUAGAAGGCUAUACCAUUAUAUCCAACAUUCACCAAAAUUCACCAUUCAAGUAUUUAAACCUACAUCAAAACAGAAUGUUAAAAUCACUUAACAUGCACUACUGUAAUCUGUAUGAUUUCUAUGCCCACUCGGAUUACAAUCUUGUAAGAUUGUAAAGCCUAUUAUAAUACUAUUCUAAUUAAUCUAUAUGUGACAUCUUAUUAUAAUGUUUGUAUGACUACUGUAUGUAUUGUUCAUACCUCAUACCAAUAUUUAAAGGUGAACAAAUACCUCCCCAAAUUUUAAUAUCCUGUUUGCUUAUCCUGUAUAAAAAGGACAUUUGUUUUUCUGAGGUCUAAAAAUACAAUUAAAUGUAGAAAUCUACACAUCAAUGUUGAAACUGGGCACCUCCAUGUUGGCUGCCUGUAAACCGCUGUUAUAAAUAUUAUCUUUUUCUGCCCUUGAACAUUGUGAUGUCACUUGCUAAAUCAUCAAUAUACAUUUUUUUUUUUUAAAUGGCCCAUUACAAUAAAAAAAGUCAACACAAUUUAUAGGUGACUUAUCAUGUUUUAUUCAAUAGUGAGGUAACGAAAGAAGUGACAGUUACACUUAAAUAAAAAUGAAUUACAUUACAAAUCUGGCUAUUACUUGUUCACAUGGUACAUAAAAUCCCUUCUCAUUCAAACAUAAUUUGCCAUUUCAGUGGAAUCUGUAGAAUCAUUCCGGUUUAAAGAGCAUCUUCUGAUAUAAAUAAAUAUGGAACAGACCCCAUACUGUAUCUGACUCUAUCUUCUUGUUUCAGUGGAUGUAUAUAAAUAAUACAAAGGCAUUGUAUACAUUAGUUUUUGAUGCAGCUCAGUGUUCUAACUUUUUUCAUAACUGGCCUCCAUUAAAGGGAAAUCAGGUUACAUAACUGUCUGCGACUUAAAAUGUUCGAAAUGAUUGACCUCUUAUUUGUGAGGACGAUUUUAUAUAUUUUUUUUUUUACAUUUUAUUCUUGCAGUAACAUUAUUACAGGCAGGUAAAGACAUGACAUCCGAAAGCAUGACAAUAGUGUCAACAAGUUUAUGUGAUACAUGUGAAGAGUUUUGCACCGGUGUACAUUUUAAAAAUGCCCCACCAAUCAGCUGAAAUACACAAAAAGAAAAAACAAGUAAAGCAACAGGAGCUGGAAAGGGCAGUAUUAGAAAAUGCCUAGAAUCCCUCAAGAAAGCAUAGCCUUCAUGUUAUACAGAGAGUCCCAGUGUAGCUGCGCUCUGGCCCCACCAACCUAUUCCUUUCCAGUGACUCAGCAUCAAAAAAGGAGACACAGAUUACAGCAUGAAGGUUGCCACAUGUCCAUGGCCCAGGUGAGUUGCGGUGGAACAUCGGUAUGUGUAAAAUCUGGCAUUCCGCAUUGGAGAGCUGGGGACCCACCGUUAGGGAAGCCUUAUGUUCUAGCUUUGGCCAGAAUCUUGGGAAGAUGUCAUCAAAGGCACUGAGCAUGGAGUCCACCUGUAAAAGUUGCAGGCCCCUCUCGAGAAGCUAAAAGCAGCCAUCUUGGAUCCGCUCGUAGCACUUAGCAGGCCAGCUGAGCAGCAUGUUGUAGCAGCUGGUGAAGUUGCUCCAGGGGGGACCAGGAUAACCCCCACCGGUCCAGAAGGGGGGGAAAGCGUGACUCUUGAUGGAGAGACAAGCCAGUUUAGGAAGCAGGUGGAGUGGCCGCCUCACCUAUGCCUUGAUCACAGGUAGACCUUUAAAGGAUUAGGCAGGAGCCGCGCGCGCAUUCAGCCAGUCCAUAGGAAAGCAUUCACAAUGCUUUCCUAUGGACGCUGACGUCUUCUCAUUGUGAUUUUCACAGUGAGAAGCACGCAAACGCCUCUAUCGGCUGUCAAUGAGACAUCCACUAGAGGCUGGAUUAACCCUAAUAUAAACAUAGAAAAAAGGGUUAACCCUAGAUGGACCAGGCACCCAGACCACCUCAUUAAGCUGAAGUGGUCUGGGUGCCUAUAGUGGUCCUUUAAGAGUGCACUUAGAAAAAAAAGUGCUGCUUGAGUGGCAUAAGCCUGUGCACCAGGGUGUCCCAAGACUAUCUGAGUGUCAAUUUGGUUAGUUCACAUUUAAAACACUUUUUUUGGUUCAUUUUGUUGUACUGGAUGUACUGUUCCUAUUUCCCUUCGAGUUUGUGAAAAAGUCAGUGGUGGGUUGUCAAUGUACAUAAGUGGAAAGUGUCUAAAUAGAAAAUUAGGUGGAAAAUGUAGGAGGAGAAGGAAACAAUUGUUUCUUUAUAGUAAAAAAAAGUUAUGAGGGUAUAGAUUUUGUAAGAAUAUGAAGGUAUAUGGAUAAUGUUAGGCCUUAAAAUUUUGAAAAAGAGAUAGAAAGUAAUAAAGAGAAAUAUGACACCUGAUAAAGACAACAUGGUAUAUUUUUGUAUUAAAUAUUGGCAGAGACGGAGAAAUGCCAUCAUUUUUGAUCAUGCGCAUAUUGGAAACUUAAUGGUAUUUUUAGGAAUGCUUUUUUUAAUAAAUGUAAUCACUUCCUGAUGCAGCGUUAAUGAAGCACACACUAUUACUAGCAGUUAUCAAUUGUCAGUUUAAACUACAAUUGGUUAUAAAGUUAUAUAUCAUGAUAAUAUACACUGCCUGGCCCAAUAAAAAGUUGCCACCUGGAUUUAACUAAGCAAAUAGGUAAGAGCUUCCUAUUGGAUAGUUACUGCAUGGGCGAUUAUCUUUCAGAUGGCAACAAUUUACUUAAUCCCAACUGAUACAAUGAGUAGCUUCUGAUUUCUUACAAAAUCAUGUCGAAAGACACAUCUCGUGGUCGUGGAAAAGAUAUUAGUCUGUUUGAGAAGGGUCAAAUCAUUGGCAUGCAUCAAGCAGAGAAAGCAUCUAAGGAGAUUGCAGAAACUACUAAAAUUGGGUUAAGAACUGUCCAACAUUGGACUUAAAAACUGGAAGGAUAGUGGGGAACCACCAGUGAUGGGCGCAUCAGGAUAAGAAGAGAAGCAGAUGAAGUGAUGCACCCAUCAUGCCUAGUGCCUACUGUACAAGCCUGUGGGGGCAGUGCUAUAAUCUGGGGUUGCUGCAGUUGGUCAGGUCUAGGUUCAACAACAUUAUGUGCCCAAAUAAUGAGGUCAGGUGACUACCUGAAAAUACUGAAUGACCAGGUUAUUCCAUCAAUGGAUGCAUGGCAUCCAUUGAUGCACGGGCAUAUUCCAAGAUGACAAUGCCAGGAUUCAUCGGGCUCAAAUUGUGAAACAGUAGUUCAGGGAGCAUGAGGCAUCAUUUUCACACAUGGAUUGAUCACCAAGGAGUCCAGACCUUAACCCCAUUGAGAAUCUUUGGGAUGUGCUGGAGGAGGCUUUGUGCAGUGGUCCGACUCUCCCAUCAUCAAUACAAGAUCUUGGUGAAAAAUUAAUGCAACACUGGAUGGAAAUAAAUCUUGUGACAUUGCAGAAGCUUAUUGAAACAAUGCCACAGUGAAUGCGUGCCGUAAUCAAAGUUAAAUGCGGUCCAACAAAAUAUUAGAGUGUAUGACCUUUUUUUUGGUGGCAACUUUUUUUUUGGCCAGGCAGUGUACAUACAGCAGCAGUAUUUGAUCCCCUGCUGAUUUUGAACAUUUGCCCACUGACAAAGAAAUGAUCAGUCUAUAAUUUUAAUGGUAGGUGUAUUUUAACAGUGAGAGACAGAAGAACAAAAAAGAAAUCCAGAAAAAUGCAUGUCAACAAAGUUAUAAAUUGAUUUGCAUGUCAAUGAGUAAAAUAAGUAUUUGACCACUUUGACUUAGUACUUGGUGGCAAAACCCCUUGUUGGCAAUCACAGAGGUCAGACGUUUCUUGUAGUUGGCCACCAGGUUUGGACACAUCUCAGGAGGGAUUUUGUCCCACUCCUCUUUGCAGAUCCUCUCCAAGUCAUUAAAUUCAAGGCUGGUGUCUGGCAACUCAAACCUUCAUCCACAGAUUUUCUAUGGGAUUAAGGUCUGGAGACUGGCUAGGCCACUCCAGGAUCUUAAUGUGCUUCUUCUUGAGCCACUUCUUUGUUGCCUUGGCUGUGUGUUUUGGGUCCUUGUCAUGCUGAGGGAAGGUGAUUCUCCCCCAAGGAGACGGUACAUGCAGAAAAACACCCCCAAAGCAUAAUGUUUCCACCUCCAUGUUUGACAGUGGGGAUGGUGUUUUUGGGGUCAUAGGCAGCAUUCCUCAUUCUCCAAACAUGGUGAGUUGAGUUGAUGCCAAAGAGCUCAAUUUUGGUCUCAUCUGACCACAACACUUUCACCCAAUCAUUUAGAUGUUCAUUGGCAAACAUCAGAUGGACCUGUACAUGUGCUUUCUUGAGCAGAGGGACCUUGCGGGCGCUGCAGGAUUUCAGCCCCUCACUGUGUAGUGUGUUAGCAAUUGUUUUCUUGGUGACUCUGGUCCCAACUGCCUUGAGAUCAUUAACAAGAUCCUCCUGUGUAGAUAUAGGCUGAUUCCUCACCGUUCUCAUGAUCAUUGAAACUCCACAAGGCGAGAUCUUGCAUGGAGCACCAGACCGAGGGAGACUGACAGUUAUUUUGUGUUUCUUCCCUUUGCUAAUAAUCGCACCAACUGUUGUCACCUUCUCACCAAGCUGCUUGGCGAGAGUCUUGUAGCCCAUUCCAGCCUUUUACAUGUCUACAACCUUGUCCCUGACAUCCUUGGACAGCUCUUUGAUCUUGGCCAUGGUGGAGAGUUUGAAAUCUGAUUGAUUGCUUCUGUGGAGAGGUGUCUUUUAUACAGGUAACGAGCUGAGAUUAGGAGCACUCCCUUUAAGGGCCAGAAAUCUAGGUGAUUGAUAGGGGAUCAAAUACUUAUUUCCCUCAUUGACAUGCAAAUUAAUUAAUAACUUUUUUGACAUGCAUUUUCUGGAUUUUUUGUUUUUGUUUUGUUGUUAUUCUGUCUCUCACUGUUAAAAUACACCUACCAUUAAAAUUAUAGACAGAUCAUUGCUUUGUCAAUGGGCAAACGUUCAAAAUCAGCAGGGAAUAAUAUACUUUUUUCCCUUGAGUCAAGAGACGAGUCGACGGCACUUUUUGGACGGUAUGCACUAAUGUGCAUUUGUUUUUAGUUCACUUUGCUCUGUGGUUAGGACCUUUGGCUACCUUUUUACUUUAAGGAAAAGGGAUUGUUAGCGAUACUGGGGACUGCCUCGAAGCAGCAGGGGGUUAGCAUAUUAUUAUUAGGAGUAUAGUAUCUGCCUUCAGAAUUUAGAGGCAGCUUAUUCUUCAUAAUUAUGUGAACUACAAUUCAAUGUUGCCUUUGUUCUAAACUCUAAUCCUAACUCAUUUACCACUCGCUGCUUUAUAUUUAAAUACCUGAGACACUGCCUUGAAGCAGUAGGGGGGUAGGAUAUUAUUAUUAGGGGUAUAGAGUUUAUCUUUAGAAUAUAGAGGCAGGGAGUACUUCACACCUGUAUUAACUACACUUUAAUGUUGCCUUUUUCUAAACUUUAAUUCUUACUCCUAUACUACUCCCUGUAUUGUACUGUAUUAUGCUACCUUCUAGCAAUCUGUAUACCCAGUUAAUUGACCCUUCUUGCAAUCUAAUGGGAGUUCUAAGUGGUAUUUCUAAUUUCACUGAUUGAGCUUGGUUACAUAACAUCAUAUUUUUGUAACAUCUAAUCAAUCAUACUUGGUGGCUACUACUUGGAUACAGUGUAUCUGUCUCAUUCUCCUAUAGAAGGUUUCGCUAAAAGAGGAGAUUUAUUCAUAUCUCUCCUUCCUCCUUUUGUUCCUUGUUUACUUCCAAUAUAGGAAUACUUUUAGUAAUUAUAAUACAGCUACACUCUAUAUAUCUCUCUAAAUCAUAUCUCUUAAUCCAAUAGGAAUAGUCUAACCACAGUAGCUUUUUCACGCAAUCACGUUUGUAGAGCACACUAUUUUUGGUGGGUUGUUUAUAUAGGUUUUAUUUCAAUUAAUACAGUUUGCAUUUUAUCUUGAUAUAGUGGCUUCAAUUAAUGGUUUCUCUUGGGAAAUUACCACUUUGUUGGGUCUUUCUCAAACUUUCUUUAUUUAUUGUCUGUUGAGAUGACUUAAGUAACCAAUUUAGGAGACACCUACAUAUAAUUUAUGUGUAGGAAUCUCCUCUAUUUUUAAUAGUGGGAGGUGGUCGUUCCCCUUUAAAUGUAGUUUUGAAAUAAAAAUUGAAAACAAAAGAGCAAGCGUAGAGCCAAAAUAUUAGGUACACUGAGAGAACGGGGGUAACCCCAAAUGUAAUGUAAGAGAGCAAAGGUAGUGUGCCUAGGGAGUAUAGAUAGUGCACUCUAAAUUCAAGUGUCUAAAUAUAUAAGGAGAACUGACAGACAAAGCGCUUGACUAGUACAAUUAAAGAAAAAUAAAUACAUUUUAUGAUAAGUAAAUAUGAUACAGGAAAAAAAACAAACGUGCUGCUGUACAAAAGUUGAACCUAAAAUAGGUGCUAAAACUGUUACCCUAAUACGAGUAACCUAGUGGUAUACAAACAGAUAAUCACUCACACUAACAGAUAGUACGAUGGCACUCAGGUAUGGAAUCUGCUAAUGAGAAUUUAAAAGAAGCAUAAUAGUAUCGAACGCCAGCCAGGUUAUCAUCUCAUAGUAUCUCUGCUGUUGGUAAGUGCCACAAUCUGGGGUACCUAAUGAAAGUACAACUGUAGAGUUUAAAGAGAUCGCUAUUAGUCCUAGAGGUACUUGCAGAGGGUAUCGCUAUAUGCAGAAAAGAAUGCAAGCAGCUCGGGUUAAUAUUAAGAAGGAGUGCAGGCUAAAAAAAUUCUAUAUAAGUAGCAGCCUGUUAACUCCUCUCAAACCUGCCAUGCACUCUGAGAAACUCUCGAGACACUAGGAAACUAGUUUUGAAAUAAGUCAAAAUUAAUAUAAUUCUAAUUCAUCUAUUACUUUUGAGUUACAAGGAUAGCAGUGCAAUAUUGACAAGCGAAAUGUAAUUUUGCUGCCAUUUUCCAAAUUAGGAUUUUAUUUACGGUGUUAUUUAUCAAGUAUGUAUUGUCGAGAAUUCAGAGUGAAUUUCAAAUUUCAUGUCAAUAUAGUCUAAGUGAAGGCAUAGUUGACUUGCAGAAUUUUUACAGUUUAGCUCUGGCAUUAAACUCACUUUAAAUUCUCACCUUAGUAAAUCACUAUGUAAUUGCAAGGGGUGACAGUGUAAGACUAUAAAUGAGUCUUUUUUGCAGAUACAACUUUUUUAUGUAAUUGUGAAUGCUGUCUGCAAGGGAGGGGGGUAUUACAGCUGGUGGGCUGUUUCUAGUUGCCUGGGUUGACAUAAAAGUCAGACCGCAGCCAGUUGGAUCUCCCAGGGUGCCUACUACUUGGAAAACUACGAACUGGAAACUUGUUUUAGAAAGACGCCUUUGCCAGAAAUGGGAGAGGCAGCAUUCUCAUCUACAAUUCACAUACUGUGGGUUUACUUUAAAAAAAAAAAAAAAACAUUUGUAUAAAUUCAAUGUAUGGUCAACAGAUGUAUGCCACUUAUUGCAACAUUCUUAAAAUGACUUGUGCUUACAUAAAUUAUGAGAACUUCGUUUUUCUUUUCUUCGUUUUUUGUUUUUUUUAAAAAGAUGACUGAGGUCAGUUUUAUGACCUGUUUAUUACCAGUAGUACUUAUUAUAUCACAGAUCCAAUCUUUCCAGUGCUGUGUUCUGUUUUGAGUCAUAAAACCACUCCAGGAAAAUUGUGCAUCGGGACGAAUUAAAGCUUGGACAACCUGCAGCACAUCUCAUAAUGGGGUUUAAUGAAUCACCGGCCUGCAUAGGUCUACCGUCUACAUAAUAUAAUUUAUAUGAUCAAAGGUCAUCACUCGACUGCGAUUUAACCCUAAAUGACUGCCAGUAAAGCUAUAUUUUAAUAUGUGCAUACGGCUUUCUAUUACUUGUGCAAUAAUAUAUAAAUAUAUGCAUGUGUGCAUCUGAGUAAAUAUUUUAAUAUAUGCAUUGAAUUCAAUCAAUUAAUGAAAGCUUUACAUUUAAUACUGCUGUGUGAAAUUGCAUUGACCACUAGAAUAAAACAGCUUAUAUUUUAUAUGUUUGUUUAAAACAUUUUUUUUAUUAUUUUUUUAAAAAAAUUGCAAUCUCUGGGAUGCCCAUAAAACUACAGGGGGCUAAAGGAAAGUCAGGAAGUCCCCUUUCGUUGCCAAUUUAAAAAGUCGGGAAUAGAGAGCUGAAUAAAAGAAUUGAAUAGUCCUCAAGGCCACCAUUAAACUUAGUGACAUUCACUUUAGUGCCCUCCGUAUAUGCGGUUGAAGGUGGUGGAGUAAAAUGAAUGGUAGUCUUCAAGACCCCUAUGGAAACAGAGGAUUUUGUCCCACAAUUAUUUAUUUCAAGAACAAUCUCUCUUCCCUACAUUUAUUACCCAACACUUAAAAACAGUUACAAGUCAAAACCAGGCAGAUGUCCACAAGAAACUUCCAGGUAUGUUUAUAGAGCUUCUUUGCAGUUUGCCUGCCUGCAAUGCUAGCCUGUAAACAACAUAUGCCUGAUUUCAGCAGAGUAUUUGUCAUAUUGAGGAAUUCUGUUGACUAGCCUGUGUAAAUCAUGCUCUACUGACUUUAUCAGUACAAUUAAAUAAUCUAAUGUUUAAACAUCAUGUUUCUCCACAUUUAAGCAUUCACAGACUUCAGCCAGCCAUUAUCCUGCCCACUGUUUUGGACAGAAUACAACGGUAAUUGCUACAGAUUCUUCCCGAUGAAUAAAACUUGGGCCGAAGCAGACUUUUACUGUGCAGAGUUUUCGCUUGGCAGGACAACCGGAAAAUUAGUUUCUAUACACAGGUACGCUGCGUGUUGUUAAACCCUAAAGUUGCCGCCUCUUCUAUGCUGCACGUCAGGUCCCUUCAAUAAUUUAAGGGACACUCUAAGUACCAAAACCACUUUAACUUCAUGAAGUGGGAUUGGUGUGUAGAUCAUGCCCAUUUAGUCUCAUUGAUCAAUUAUCUGCCGUCUAGGACUUAAACCCAUGGCCGUCCUUUGCGGUGUGCGAGCUGUCAGUUACUGACAGUGCGGCCCAAGUAAUACAAUGUAUGUGUAGGUGCAAGUCAAGUAAUGCAAUGUAUGUGUAGGUGAAAGUCAAGUUACCUGCAAAUUAUUAAAGCGGGUCUCAGCCGGCUCCAUUAUUUCAUAGUGUGGAGGAGGACUGAAGCGCGAAGGAGGAGCAAGAGGGCGCGCAACGCUGCGUACUGACGCAGCAUCGAUGUGCCCCACCUCCGCCUUCAUUGUGUUUAUCACAGUCGCGGAAGGAUCCACUCUGACUGUGACUGUGGGCCUCUGCUCUAAACGCGCUGGCAGCGCCGGAGUUGGACAGGAGGACACAGUCUGUCAGCUGGGUCCAGAAAGCAGCAGGCGCUUGGGUGCUGGAAAUAUUUGUUUAAAUGUGAGUAGUGUCUUCUUCUUGUAUUUUUUUAUUUUUAAAUAGAUUGGGUGUUAUCGAAGGGGGACUGGGGGUUUGUAAAAGGGGAGGGGGUAGUGGUUUGUAAAGAGAGGGGGGAUUGUAAAAGCGUUGAUAGGGGUUUGUAAAAGGGGGUUUGUUAAGGAAGGGGGUUGUAAAAGAGGGAGUGUUUUUAAAGGGGGCUAGAGGGGUCUGUCAUCGGGAGCUUGUAAAAGAAGGGUGCAGGGGAUUUUGGAACGGGGCUUGUAAAAGGGGGAGUGGGAACUUGUAAAAGGGGGAGUGGGAGCUUGAAAAGGAGAGGGCAGGUGUUUGUAACAGGGAGGGCAGGGGUUUGUAAAGCGGAAGGAAGGGAUUUGUAAAGGGGAAGGAAGGGAUUUGUAAGGGGGGGGCAGGGUUUUUUGCAAAAGGGGGGAGUUUUAUUUUUAGAAGGGGGGGCAGAGGGUUUUGUAGAUUGAGGCAGAGGGUUUUGUAGAUAGAGGUGACAAGGGAUUAUACUUUUAAAGCGUUAGUGGCGCUAUCACCAUCUGGGGAUUUUGCUGAAGACCCCCGACGGUUACCUCGCUGUUGGGAGUCUGGUGGCUUGGUAGGGGUAGUUAAGGUGAGAUUUAGUUAGCUGUAUCUGUCCCUCGGAGGUGCAUCGGAGGGGGGGGGGCUGGGGAGGGGAGCAUGGGUACACCUAAGGGCCUGAACACCUAAGGCCAGCCCUGCUUAAACCAAAUAGUUUAUCAAGUUCUAGCCAUACCUGCUUUGACUCACACAGUCUUUGACUCGCACAGCCUCUGUACACACUUCCUGAAAAUAAGUAUUAUAACUUCCAUUAUUGCACAGUGUGUUUAUAUUAGAAUUUCUUGUCUCCUGCUCUGAUAUUGGUCUGCUAGAACCUGAUACAGCCUCAUGUGUGUAGUUAAAGUUUACGUAACAGAGCAGGAGAAAUAAGCUUCUAAAGUAAAUACACUGUGCUGUAAAAAUUAAAUCUUUUUUUCAUGGAGGCUGUGUGAGUCACAGCCAGGGGAGGUGUGGCUACGCUAUGGAUAAACUAAGUGAUUUAACUCCCAAAUGGCAGAGAAUCGAGCAGUGAGACUGAUCUGUACACCAUAACUGCUUUAUUAAGUUAAAGUUGUUCUGGUACUUAACGUGUCCCUUUAACUAUAGUGUUAUGUUUUCUUAUUCCUACAUUUUGUAGCACUAGAAAAGCACAGUGUGGAACAGAUUUGUACCUGUAGCUGAAAGGUUUAAGUGACAAGCUCAGCCAAUUAAAGGAAAGCAGCAAUGUUAAAAAUAAACAACUUUAUUUUUAAUCUAGAGUAUUCCUUAAAAUGAAACUGUCACUUCCCCACUUUUAGUACAAACAUAUAGCUACUAAAGUUAACUAUUGGUUGUACUGAAAAAAAUUAAAUACAAAUCCUUUUCUUUGGUAAUAUUUUAAUUAACCUGCACAUGUAAAGUGCUGCUACAGAGAAUUCCGCACACUCAUGUACACAUGCAGAAUUUCCUUGAGAGCAAACCUAAGCUCGCUAGGCUUCAUAGAGCCAGAAAGCCCCAGAAACGUGGAAGUGCUGUGAGGUUUUUUUGUUUUUUUACCAACCCCUGCUAGUCUCUUCACCCCUGUAAGAGCUGAAAUAGCAUUUACUGUGUUAAAGGAGCGUGUAACUGUCACUUCCCGUAUAGAGCUUCUAAUUAAAGGUCUUUAAUGAUUGAGUGCCUCUAGUCAGGGCCGGACUGGGGAUACAAAGCAGCCCUGGAAAAUAAAUCUAUGCCAGCCCCAAAAGUCAUUGCGCCAUAUAUUGUCGCAUGUAAUAUGUAAGGCAAUGUCUUGCCAGCACAGAUGAUUGAGUAAUAUAUAUAUAAUUGCUUUUUCUCACAUAAAAUAUUGGUCCUUUCAGAGUAAAACGUUUAAUUAUACAGUAAGCAUACUCACAUGCAGACACAGACAAUCUCACUGACACACACAAGCUCAGUGAUACACAGCCUCAUAGACAAACAAACAAUCUCACUGAUAUACAUAAGCUCAUUGACAUAAAACACACACACACACACACACACAUGCAAGCAAGCUCACUCAAAAGCAGGCGCACACACACACACAGCUUAAUGUAGUGGUUCUGGUGUCUAUAGCCUGUCCCUGCAGGCUUUUCAAUGUAAACACUGACUUUUCAUAGAAAAGGCAGUGUUUACAAUGCUUUCUAGUGACACCUCUAGUGACAGACACUCAGACAGUCACUAGAGGUGCUUCCUGUGUCAGUGCGGAUUGGCUGAGAUCAUUAAGAUUGAUGAUCUCGGCCAUAGAGGCAGGGCCAGUCGAGGAGAGACCAGCACGACGUGGGAAAAAAAGUGAGUAUAAAACUAUAUUUUUAAAAACAGACGCAGACACACACAUAUACCAUGACAGACACACACCAUGACACACACACAUAUACCUUGACAGACACACAUAUACCAUGACAGACACACAUAUACCAUGACACAGACACACACAUCAUGACAGACACAGACAGACCAUGACACAGACACAUACAUUCACACCAUGAUAGACACACACACACCAUGACACAGACACACACACACACACACACCAUGAAAUACACACACACACCUUGACACACAUACCAUGACAGACGUACACACACCAUGACACAGACAGACACCCACAGAUACACUCCUACUGACAGACUGAUACACAUAAUUGUUGCUACCUGUGGGCAGACAGAUGGGUGUGCUGGAGGCCGCAGGGAAGCAGAGACAGAACAGCCAGCUCCCCCUGCGGCCGCCAUCAGAGCUCUCCCUGCGACCGCCAGCAAACCCAUCUGUCUGCCCAGCCCCAGGUGCCGACGGCCCACCGGGAAAUUUCCCGGUAUCCCGGGUGGGCCAGUCUGGCCCUGCCUCUAGUGAUUGUCAGGGUGACACCAUUAGUAAAUGAUCUCUGCCAAAUACCAUGCUUUACAUUGUCAGAUAAAAAGGGGCAGUAUUUAUGCACCAAAGCCACUAUAUUAAGAUGUAUGUCCACCUUUAAAUGUGUAACCUUCCAUCCAUCAGGUCUCUGUAAAUGCUCCAUUUUUAUGACAUUGACUCUAUUUGAUUUUAUUGUAACUCGUUUGACAUAUUUUUUUUUUUGUCUGUCUUUCUUCAAUUUAGCUGGGAUGAAAAUGUUUUUGUGUUUGACCUGGUAAAUAGCCAAGUGUCAGGAGCACCCACCGAUAUUUGGAUUGGAUUAAGUGACAGGCGGCAGGUGAAGUCUUGCAUGUUUCCAUGUGCAUUUGCCAUAUAUAUUUAAUAACAGAUGUAAAAAAAAUUUUUUAACAGAGGUGGCUUUAGAAUUGCAUCAUAAUUUUGAUAUUCUAUCCCCCGAACAUUGAGUUCCAUUGUGUCUUGAACACAGACGGGGGCAAUUCUGAUCUGAGGCACAGAAGACAUUAUUAGGUGUUUUUAAGGAUGAGCAGAAAAUCAUUAAACCAUCAGCUACAGUUAUUUCUAAGAAAGAGAUGAGCUUUUGUGCUUCCAGGAUGGAGGAAAUAUAGUGUUAAAAUUAUAUGAUGGAUGCAGAAUUCUUAUCAUUUCCAGGGGAAUUUCAGGUAAAUAUUAAAUAUAUCAAAUCAAUUUAAUAUUAAACAAAGUGCAACUUCACAUCCUUAAAAAUACCAAAUAAUGAUGCAACUAGUUUUCAAAGAUAAUCACUGGCCAGAGAAUGUCAUCCUGUAGCCCCAUAUAGCAAAAGCACAGCUUAGUGGAAAGGGGCCUUGGCAGGGGUUAGGAGGUUGGCAUAGGAGGAAGAAAGUUGGGAUUGGUGGCUUGUGGGAAGAGGUUUGGUUAUACAAAAAGGCAGAUAUCUUGGAAGAGUCACUUUUAAUUGACCAACCUGGCUGAGUUUGUCCCACCCUCCCUCCCUGGGUUUUGGUUUCCAGUUGGGUUGUCCUGUUUUGUCACAGCGGCGGGUUAGGGAGCUGAAGGAGAGCAAAAAGGCACCCCAUUAGGAAGGUUAUGGAAAUGGUUAAAUAAGGUUAUUGAUGUUUCGUAGGUUUCGAGUCCUGUCGGUGGCUCAGAACCUUGUGGGGUAGUGGUAUCCAGGUAUACCCCUACCAUGGUUAAUUUAUAUAAAAACAAAAUGUUGGUACUUUAAGUUAUGUUCAUCUUGGAAUAAUGUUAAAUAUAUAAUGACCCCUAGUUUUUGAGCCCAAAAUUAAGAAAUUAAUAUUUUAAACAUCAAAUAAAACAACUUUGAUAUUUUAGAGGUGACUUCUGAGUGGAACUACACACUUUUAAUUCUCAUGCCUCCCCUGUGCUACGGUAUUCUGUAAAGUUAAUGGCUCUAUAGUGCAUGCUGAGAGACUACAGCUCCCACAAUACAGCAGGUGGUGUGAGGGCAUGCUGGGAGACUACAGCAGGUGGUGUGAGGGCAUGCUGGGAGACUACAGCUCCUACAAUACAGCAGGUGGUGUGAGGGCAUGCUGGGAGACUAUAGCUCCCACAAUACAGCAGGUGGUGUGAGGGCAUGCUGGGAGACUACAGCUCCUACAAUACAGCAGGUGGUGUGAGGGCAUGCUGGGAGACUAUAGCUCCCACAAUACAGCAGGUGGUGUGAGGACAUGCUGGGACAUCACAGUAGUAUUCCCUCUGCUCCCUGAUCCACAUUUCCUCCCCCAUAAAUAGAAAUCAGAGAGCAAGACCUACCUGGGGUGGAACAUACCUCCUUUUAUGGUGCGGCAUGACUCUGUAGCUCUGUUGGUGGUAAGUGCUGAUGUCUGCUGCAGCUCCCUCGCAUAUAGGGACCUCUUCCUCCUUGUCACAGCAUUCAGAAGUGGAUCGGCGAGGAGGAGGCCAGGUAUAUGUGUGUGGGCCGUAGCACACGGAAACACAGCAGGCGCCAUCUUAAAUUAGUCCCUGUUUUUUUUUUUAACCCCUGCAGUGACAUUCCAUGUAUAAGAUGACCCCCAAUUUUAAACUAGAAAAAAUUAGAAAAAAACAUGGUCUUAUACAUGUAAAAAUAUGGUAAUUAGUUUUGCAAUAUAAUGCAGCCUUUCUGCUUUGCCCUUUGCAUCCAACAGUGUUUCUUUUUUUAUCUUCUAUACAUCAUGUCAUGGAGUUUCUAGGUGUUAUGUUAAACUUCCCUGACAUGAAUCUGACAUUCGUCCACAGAGCACUGCUCAUUAGAUAAGCUCAGCAAUGUUAAAGAAAGUAUAGUAAGCAUCAGUCACUCCCUGGUUUGGUGAGAGCUUAUUACAAAUCCUAUUCAGCACAGACACACACAGAUAAGCUCGGCAGUGUUAAAGAAAGUAUACUAAGCUUUAGUCACUUUGGUGAGGGUUUAUUACAAAUCCUACAAAGCUUGGACAUUUAGAUAAAUUAUUGCAUAUUUAAAUGUAAAUAUAUAUUUUUAUUAAAAGUUGUAUUCUUUUUAAAUUGUUUGUUUGUUUUUUAUAUCGUGAAAUGUACUCUCUAUGUAAUGUAUUAAAAGGGACAUACAGACUAGAGUGUUUCAGUAAAUGCAUUAACAAAAUCGCUGGAUGCUAGAACAGGACCACAAAUAAAGACCACAUCGUCCAUGGUAACUAAAGUAAAUUGAAUGAAAUACAUUUAAAAUGAACUAAUGCAACUUUUGUAGACAGGUUUCUAUGAUCCGUACAUAGAUGUAAACUGAUCUAAGGUGUCAAGUGGAUAUUUUGACUGGUAAAUUGCAUUGUACCAUCGUGAUUAUCACCUAAUGUUGGCUGUUCUUAGAAAAGGUCCAUAAAUUGACGUCAAACGUUAUUCAAACUUCAAUAUUCACCACCUCAAUGAACACCAUCAGGGUUGAAAUGAGUACCCAUGUGUGAUAAUAUCAAUAUAUACACAAGAUAUACUUAAAAACUAAAGAAAAUUUCAAUGUGUCCUUCUAGAAAAAAUUAUAUAUGCGUCAUUAAAUUAUUUUUAAUAAUUAAAGUUCGGUUUUCCUAAUAGAACACAACUCGUUUCUUAGAAAUCAUAAAAUAGAGCAAACUUUCUUUGUAUUUUCGUUGCUUCAAUACAUUGGUUUAAGGAUCCAGAAUUUUAACAAAUAAUCUUUUUUCAUGUGGCUGGACUCAACAAGUGCAUUUUGAAGACCAGAUAUGACCAGAAUUUAUUAAUGAUAGUUAUAUUGAUAAUUUAUAUUUGUCAGUGCUACAGGUUUAAUUUAAUUCAUUAAUGCCUGCAUUGAUGUUUGGGUCAUUAGGCAUCCUGUGAUAAGGUUCCUCACAUGACCAAAGGUAUAUUAUUAUUUCAACUGGUGCUAGUAAGUUGGUCAGCUAUGCUUAUGUGAGAAGAUUCUAAACCAACACCAACACUGUCUGGAUACGUAUGUGCUCAUGCUUAAAACUUUGAUAGAAGCAAAGAGAAGAGUGACUGUAAUUAAGGUUUCAAUGCAGUUGAAGUGCUUCAGAGCUGCAUUUUGUCAUGUUUAUUAGCGCAAUGUCAGGCAUUUUCUUUUCUCUAAGGUUUUGCUUUUUACUGACAGGAAGGUGAGUUCGAAUGGACAGAUGGGACACAUCACGACUACAAUUACUGGGAUGGAAAUCAGCCAGAUGACGGAAGCAACAGUAAGCCUGAGGAUGAAGACUGCGUCCAGAUGUGGUACAGAUAUUAUAGUGGUAAGUACAACAUUUGAAUAUUACCUCAUUGAUAAGGGAAAAAAUGCACCAUGGCUAUAUGGUAGGCACUAGUAGGCACACACUCACUCACUAGCAGGCACGCACACACAAGCUCACUCACUAGCAGGCACACACACUCUCACUCACUAACAGGCACACACACAUACACACAGACUCACUAGCAGGCACACACACACACACAAGCUCACUCACUAGCAGGCACACACACAAGCUCACUCACUAGCAGGCACAUACACAUGCUGACUCACUAGCAGGCGCACACACAUACACACAAGCUCACUCAAUAGCAGGCACACAUACACACAGACUCACUCACUAGCAGGCACACACACACACAAGCUCACUCACUAGCAGACACACACACAAACACACACACAGACACACAGACAAGCUCAUUUACUAGAAGGCACAUACAUACACACACACACACAGACAGGCUCACUCACUAGCAGACACACACACACACACACAUACAGACUCACUCAGUAGCAGGCACACACAAAGACAAACUCAUCCACUAGCAGGCACACACACAGACUCACUCACUAGCAGACACACACAAACUCACUCACUAUCAGGUACACGCACACAGACAAGUUCACUCACUAGCAGGCACACACACACACACACAAGCUCACUCACUAGCAGACACACACACAAGCUCACUCACUAGCAGGCACACACACACGCUCACUCACUAGCAGGUGCACACACAUGCACAAGCUUACUCACUAGCAGGCACACACACACACACACACACAAGCCUAUCACAGACUCACUCACUAGCACACACACACACACACAAGCUCAUUCACUAGCAGGCACACAAACACACACAGACAAGCUCACUCACACACACACACAUGCUCACUACGGACAAGCUCACUGAAACACACAUACAAGCUCACUCACUAACAGCCACACACACACACACACACAAGUCCACUCACUAGUAGGCACACACACACACACACUAGUAGGCACACACACACUCACUAGCAGGCACGCACACACAAGCUCACUCACUAGCAGGCACACACACUCUCACUCACUAACAGGCACACACACAUACACACAGACUCACUAGCAGGCACACACACACACACAAGCUCACUCACUAGCAGGCACACACACAAGCUCACUCACUAGCAGGCACAUACACAUGCUGACUCACUAGCAGGCGCACACACAUACACACAAGCUCACUCAAUAGCAGGCACACAUACACACAGACUCACUCACUAGCAGGCACACACACACACAAGCUCACUCACUAGCAGACACACACACAAACACACACACAGACACACAGACAAGCUCAUUUACUAGAAGGCACAUACAUACACACACACACACAGACAGGCUCACUCACUAGCAGACACACACACACACACACAUACAGACUCACUCAGUAGCAGGCACACACAAAGACAAACUCAUCCACUAGCAGGCACACACACAGACUCACUCACUAGCAGACACACACAAACUCACUCACUAUCAGGUACACGCACACAGACAAGUUCACUCACUAGCAGGCACACACACACACACACAAGCUCACUCACUAGCAGACACACACACAAGCUCACUCACUAGCAGGCACACACACACGCUCACUCACUAGCAGGUGCACACACAUGCACAAGCUUACUCACUAGCAGGCACACACACACACACACACACAAGCCUAUCACAGACUCACUCACUAGCACACACACACACACACAAGCUCAUUCACUAGCAGGCACACAAACACACACAGACAAGCUCACUCACUAGCAGGCACACACACACACACACACACAAGUCCACUCACUAGUAGGCACACACACACACACACACACACACAGAAGCUCACUCACUAGCAGGCACACACACACACACACACACAAAAGCUCACUAGCAGGCACACACACACACACACACACACACACACAAACAAACACAGACUCACUCACUAUCAGAUACAGGCACACAAACAAGCUCACUCACUAUCAGGCACAAAUACACACAGACAAGCUCACUCAAUAGCAGACACACACACACACAAUCACUGUCAAGGCUGAAGCUUACCAGGCACUGGUGGGUGAAGUUGCCAUUUUGUGACUUCUUUCUUCUAGUAAGGUCAGCAACAUGUGUGGGGGCAGGGCCUGUGUACAGGAGGUGGGGCUAUGUUCAGGAGGCGUGGCCUGCGUGCGGAGGCAGAGCAGCCUAAUUGCGGCCUCACCAGCCCCCAGCUCCUCCCUCAUUACACCCCUCGGACUGACAGAGGCUGGCACAGUCCGAGGGGAAAAUCAUUUAAAUUACUUUGCAUGAUGAUUAGGGCUGUCUGCCCGGCCCCAGGUGCUGUGGCCCACCGGGAAAUUUUCUGGUAUCCCAGUGGGCCAGACCGGCCCUGAUCAGACCCAACACGCAGAACUUAGGUCACUCCUCGAUAUGGUAUAAUAUAGAAAUGGACAAGUGUGACUUAGAAAAUGACACAAGUUUGGAGAAACUAUCAUCUAAUUAUUUCACUUGGAUUGCACAUUAUUGUGGUCUGCGUCAAAAAUAUCACAUCAUACAGUAAGGUGCAUGAGCUGAAAAGUUGAAGGUCCCUACACAAAUGUCCACAUUUUUCAUUCAACAUUUAUAGUGCAAUCAUCUCAGCAAUGUAAUCUGUCAAUGCUGUCACCUUCAGCCACAUUCCAGAACGAUGUAAAAAAAAAAGUGCUCUGAUGUUAAAUAGGCAUCGAUUGAAUAUUCUUGGAUCAUCUUUUCAAACUAUUUAAUAUUUUUGGAGAAACUUUUAAAAUAAACAAUGGAAAAUAUUUUAAUAUUUUCAGAUAUUUGUAUUUUGUUUUAUAGAUUAUAUUUUUUUUUGUAUUUUAAUGUUUUCAAAAAUUAUUUGGAAAGUUUAUCCAAGAAUAUUAAAUCUUUUGGAAAGUUUAUCCAAGAAUAUUAAAUUGAGGCCAUAGAUAGGUUUUUAUAUUAGCUGUGCUGAGGGCAUCAAAUCUUCCUAAGUUGAAUAUUACCUGUGAAUCUCACUGUGCAAUGGAAGACAUCAGACUUGUCCAUAUACUGGUCUUCUCAAAUCCCAAGUAAACAUUUUAAAUUGUGAAGCUCACCAAUAUCACCCAUAUCUAUUUCUUCUUAUUAUUUUAUUCCCAUCCAUUGGCUGAAUUGGAGCUUCAUAAGCCUCUACCUGAAAGUUUGAUAGGCGUAAUGAGAGCAUUUGAAUUUAUAUAUCAAUUGUUAUGCCAGCUAUUAUGAAUUAUGUAUGACACAUAGCAAACCUAACAGUGGUCCACUUAGACUAUGAAUUCUUCCUCCUGUCCUAUAAAAAAGUGAAAUAUCUGGCUUUUAAGCUGCAUUGAUGCUGCCCUGGGCCUAUUUCAAAGCAUGGAUCUGUAGCACCUGCUCCGAUAGCCCCUAUCCUAAUCUGGCCCUGUCUCCAUCUCUAACCAAGAAUGUUUAGCAGAGUUUAAGAAAAAUAAUAAAGUAUAUUGUUUUAUUGCAAUCAGAGCAAUACUUUCUCAGAGCUAAGAUGAAUUUUGAAUGCUCAUGUUAUUGGCUUAUUACAUAGGUAUUCAAACUGAAACAUCAGUAGAUCUUAACCUGAAAUGCCACUCUUUAACAGAGUCAAAAAUGGGUCGCAAAGGGCAGGCUAUUUCAGCUGCUGCCCGUCCUCAGUAUUCUCUUGCGACCCAUUUUUGACUUGCCACUCUUUAACACUUUACUAACUAAUUCGACUCAAGUUAGAGAUUUGUACAUUACUUGCCAUAAUUACACAUUGUUUAGUCAUACCUGAUUGAGCAGUGAUUUUUGGGUGUUUCACUUAACUUUAAUCAAGGUGGUCUCAUGUAGGAUAUUGUGAAUGGACAUCAGGAUAUGGAUGUCACUUAAUGCAAGUUUAGUGAAUAAACCCUAGGAAAAAGAGAUUCAGUUUUCUAAAUGUUUUUUAUGGUAUAUGAAGUGGUGAUUAAACUUUUCCAUUAUCUUAACAACAUCCUCCUUACACCUCCUUGUCUAAUUAUUAUUUGGUGCAUUAUAACAGCAGAGUACAAUGAGGGAUCUGUGUGCAAGCAUUUUUUCAUCUGUGUGUAUAAAAUAAAAUAAAAUAGAUAUAUGGACAGAAGCAGGUGUGACACAAAUGAGCGUGAGUCGGGAAUACAGUGUAUGUAAAAAAAUAUCACUUAUCUUAAAGUGAGUGACAUGAGUUGAAAACUGACUUAAAAUUGGGAUGGCCUCUACACAACAGUCCAACUUUUCAUCCAGCAUAUAUAGUGCCAUCCCUUCUUUCAUCUCAGCAUUGUCAUCUGUUCUAUGCUGCCGUCUUUGGCCAGAAUACAGAAAGGUUCUUUGCGAAAAGUGCUCUGAUCUCAUAAAGUCCUGGGUUUAAUAUUUUCUGGAUAAGCUUUGCAAACAAGUUAAUAUUUUUAGCUAAACUUUCAAAACGAAUAAAGAAAAAUUUAAUGUUUUAAAAAAUAGUUUAAUAUUUUGCCAUCAUAUCUCUCCCCGUGGGCAGGAAGUAAUAUUAGUAUGUCACAUGAACAGCACUCCAAGUGUCCCUCUUUAGGAUAGUCACUGUUUGGGAGAAACAAUAUGUCUCUUUGGUAGGAGUUUAAAAUAUAUAAAGAUUAAAGGACCACUCUAGGCACCCAGACCACUUCAGCUUAAUGAAGUGGUCUGGGUGCCAGGUCCAGCUAGGGUUAACCCAUUUUUUCAUAAUUAUAGCAGUUUCAGAGAAACUGCUAUAAUUAUGAAUGGGUUAAGCCUUCCCCCUAAUCCUCUAGUGGCUGUCUCAUUGACAGCCACUAGAGGCGCUUGCGUGCUUCUCACUGUGAUUUUCACAGUGAGAGCACGCAAGCGUCCAUAGGAAAGCAUUGAAAAUGCUUUCCUAUGCGACGGGCUGAAUGCGCGCGCAGCUCUUGCCGCGCGUGCGCAUUCAGCCGGCGGGGCGGAGAGAAGGAGGAGAGCUCUCCACCCAGCGCUGGAAAAAGGUAAGUUUAAACCCCUUUCCCCCUUCCAGAGCUGGGUGGGAGGGGGUCCCUGAGGGUGGGGGCACCCUCAGGGCACUAUAGUGCCAGGAAAACGAGUUUGUUUUCCUGGCACUAUAGUGGUCCUUUAACCAAACAGGGCUAACCUAAUGACACAGAUACACUGAAAAUUAAUAUACAGUUCUGUGAAAUUAAAAGAGAAAUAUUGCCAGAAACGGAAAUUAUUUUUUAAUGAAGCUAUGACCUCAUUCUGUAUAUCUCAUUUCUUAAAUACGCCCUCUUCUUAUGUAUACAGCUGCCUGCCAGAUGCCUUAUAUCUCUUCUCAACAGAACACACGCUGUUAAUAUUUCCAGUUUAUCAAUGCACAUUCGACCUUACAGACUAUAUCAUAUAUCUGGCUACAUCUUUCCUAAUUCAACGCUAAUGUGGUCUUGAAAUGUUCAAAAUCUUCUCAGUAUUACACGGGAAUUUUUUUUUAAAACUAUAUUAACAUUUAACCACAUAUUCAAAUAAAAAAUUUGAAGGGUUUAUUUACCAUUGACGGGAAAUCAAAAUGCAUUUAAAGUAAAUUUCAAAUUUAAGGCCAAAGUAUUCAAACUAGAAGCAUAGGUGACCUGGAUAUUUUUCCAGUUUGGCUUCUUUGGCCUUAAAUUUGAAAUUCGCCUUGACUUCCCGGCUAUUCUGACUUUACUAAAUAACUCUAUGAGAUUAUGAAGGGAUGGCACUGACUUUCAUGAGGCAACACUACUUUUUAAAAGAGCACUGGAAUUCUUUUUAUCCCAAACCUAAUUACUGCUAAUAUCCACAAUACUAUGAUAUUUACAUCUGUCUAGAGCAGGAGUAAGAAUCCUUAAACACUCAAGGUGUUGUAGACUUCAUCUACCUCAAUGCUUUGCCAGUAUUAUGGCUGUAAGAGCAUGAUGGGACAUGUAGUCCACAGAAUAAGGAGUGCCAAAGGUUGCCUACCCUUGGUCUAGAGCAGGGGUUCUCAACCCUGUCCUCAAGGACCUCUUACCAGUCCAGGAUUUAGGGAUUACCUGGGUGUGUCUAAGGUGUUUUUUUUUGUUUUGUUUUUUCUAAACACCUUAGACACACCCAGAUAAUCCCUAAAUCCUGGACUGGUAGGGGGUCCUUGAGGACUGGAUUGAGAACCCCUGGUCUAGAGCAGUAUUUGCCAACCCAGUCCUCAUGGACCACCAACAAUCUAGGUUUUGUCUGUAUCUCCAUUGGAAUAAAACAGGGAAAUGUUUAAAUCCUGGACUGUUUGUGGUCCAUGAGGAUAACCCCUGGCACAUUUACAGUCCAGUUAUUCUUGGUCCUCUGAAUACUGGAUUUUAUGCAUGCAGGUUAACAAUACUGAGGCCCUCUGCAGGGUCUAGCAAACGAUUAACAGAGCAGGAGAUUAAAAAUUCUAAAUUAAAUAGAAUUUGCAAUAAAGAAAGCAUAAACAUUAGAUGACUGUUUACAGGAAGUGUUUAAGAAGGCUGUGCAAGUCACAUGCAUGGGGGUGUGGCUAAAAUUGUAUAAACAACGUUAUUUAAUUGCAGAAAAUUGAGCAGUGAGACUGCAGGGGCAUGAUCUUUUCACCAAAACUGCUUCAUUAAGUUAAAGUUGUUUUGGUGACUAUAGUUUCCCUUAAAUAAAAUAUCUGCAGAACCAAAGAACACUGCCAAUAUGAUCAGGAUAACAUGUAUCCUAGAACAUGAUUUUAAAAAGGCCACUUCUAUAGUUAUGAUUGUACCAUUUCAGCAGUGAGCCUCCUAAUUUGUGUUUCCAGUAGACAUGCUCAUGUGUUUUCGGAUGUACUGCAAAAAUGUAAUUAUUAAUAUUAAGGUAGAGCCCUCUCUGUACAGUUCAUGUGCAUUUUUUGCAAGGAGUAGCUGUUGGAUCAACAGCAAAAAUAGAUGUGAGAAAGGUUAAACUUGAUGGCCGCAUGUUUUUUUUCAGCAUAUGUAACCAGAGUCGGCUCUACCAUAAGGCGGCACAGGUGGCUGCCUUAGGGCCCACCAGCAUGGGGGGCCCAGGAUUCACGGGACCGGCAGAGGGGUAGCACACUGCAAAGCGCUCCGCUCAUACCGGCCUCUGGGUAGUGUAGCAUGGCCGAGCGGGGAUAAGAGAAGAGGAUCUUCUGUUUCCCUCUCCCCGGUAUAAAAGGAAGCGCUCACUAAGAGCGUAGAACUGCUUUUCUGUUAUACUGGGGAGAGGGAACCAGAAGCUCCUCUCCUCCGAUCCAUGCUCAGUCACGAAACAUAAGAGGAGGGCGGUAAGCAGGCACUGGAGGAGGGGAGGAGGGAGGAGAGCACAUGGGAAGGAAGGAAGGGAGCUGGCACAUGUGGGAGAGGGAGGAUAGCUGGCACAUGGAGGGGAAAGGGAGGUGAGCUGACAUAUAGCAAGGAAAGGAAGGAGAGCUGGCACAUGGGGGGAGGAGAGCAAGCAAAUGGGAGAGGGGGAGAGCUGGCACAUGGGGAGUAGGGAAGAGAGAUGGCACAUGGGGGGAGGAGGAAGGCGAACUGUCACAUGGGGGGAGUUGGCACAUGGGGAUGGGGAGAAAGGGUGGCACAUGGGGGGCUGGGUAAGACAAAGGGGUGGAUAAAAAAAUGCAAAGGUGUAAUAAAUUCAAGAGGGGGAAUUAAAGGACACACAGAUGCAGUUUUUGAAGGGGGGAGGAGGGUGGCGGCAAAAUGCAUCUUCGCCUGUGUAGCCAAAUAUGCUUUCACCAGGCCUGUAUGACAUCAUACUCCGGCCCCGGUCUCAUUAAGCGGCGCGCUGGUGAGGGGGAGCAGAGACAGAACAGCCAGCUCCCCCCUGCGGCCGCCAAAGGAGCUCCCUCUGCGGCCGCCAGAAGAGCCAGCUCCCCCUGCGGCCAGAACAGCCAGCAAACCCUACGACCGCCAUCAGAACUCCCCAUGCCAGCACACAGGUGGAAAUUAUGUCACUGUGAGUGUAUGUGUGUGUGUCUGUGUCAUUUGUGUGUGUGUCUGUCAUGGUGUGUGCAUCUGUGUCAUGGUGUGUGUGUCUGUCUGUCUGUCAUGGUGUCUGUGUCAGUCUGUCAUGGUGUGUGCAUCUGUCUGUGUCAUUGUGUGUGUCUGUCAUGUAAUGUGUGUCUGUGUCAUGUUCUGUCUGUGUCAUGGUGUGUGUGUGUGUCUGUCUGUGUCAUGUAAUGUGUGUCUGUCUGUGUCAUGUAAUGUGUGUGUGUCUGUGUCACGGUGUGUGUCUGUGUCACGGUCUCUCUGUGUUGUGGUGUGUGUGUGUCUGUGUGUGUCAUGUAAUAUGUGUGUCUGUGUCACGGUGUGUGUGUGUCUGUGUCACGGUCUGUCUGUGUUAUGGUGUGUGUGUGUGUCAAGGUGUGUAUGUCUUUUUUAAGGUAUGUGUCUGUCAUGGUGUGUGUGUGUCUGCCAUGGUAUGUGUGUGUCUCUGUGUCAUGGUGUGUGUGUGUCUGUGUCACGGUCUGUCUGUGUUAUGGUGUGUGUGUGUGUCAAGGUGUGUAUGUCUUUUUUAAGGUAUGUGUCUGUCAUGGUGUGUGUGUGUCUGCCAUGGUAUGUGUGUGUCUCUGUGUCAUGGUGUGUGUGUGUGUAUGUCUCUGUCAUGGUGUGUCUGUGUUUCUGUCUGUGUCACGGAGUGUGUGUGUGUCUGUGUAACGGUCUGUCUGUGUCAUGGUGUGUGUCUGUCAUGGUAUGUGUGUGUGUAUGAGUGUUUUUACUCACCUUUUUUUUUCCCCCACGUCGUGCUGGUCCCCCCUCAACUGGCCCUGCCUCUAUGGCUGAGAUCAUCAAGCUUGAUGAUCUCAGCCAAUCCGCACUGAGACAGGAAGCACCUCUAGUGACCGUCUGAGUGUCUGUCACUAGGAAGCAAUGUAAACACUGCAUUUUCUCUAAAAAGUCAGUGUUUACAUUGAAAAGCCUGCAGGGACAGGCUAUAGACACCAGAGCCACUACAUUAAGCUGUGUGUGUGUGCGCACAUGCUAGUGAGUGGGCUUGCUUGUGUGUGUGUGUGUGUGUGUGUGUGUGCCUGCUACUGAGUGAGCUUGUGUUUAUGUCAAUGACCUUAUGUAUAUCAGUGAGAUUGUUUGUCUAUGAGGCUGUGUAUCAAUCAGCUUGUGUCAGUGAGAUUGUCUGUGUCUGCAUGUGAGUAUGCUUACUGUAUUACUGUAUUACUCUUAAAGGACCAAUAUUUUAUAUUGGAAAAAGCAAUAUAUAUAUAUAUAUAUAUAUAUAUAUAUAUAUAUAUAUCUCAAUCAUCUAGGGUGGCAAGACAUAGACUUACAUAUAACAUGCGACAAUAUAAGGCGCAAUGACUUAUGGGGCUGGCAUAGAUUUUUGCUUUGGAAUCCCCAGUCCGACCCUGAAUACAACAGUAUAACACGAAAGUAUACACAGUGUAGAAGAAUAUGAUAGCUCUGAAACACCUAUGAAGUGGUAUCCCCUACACUACUAUAAAUACAAAGCAAUACAUACAAAAUAAUAGGUGGAGCUGGGUAAUGUCCUGAAUGAUCUGUAAAACAGAAUAAAUACAAAUAGCGUAGUAUGUCUGAAUAAUAUAAUAAUAAAUGGUAGGAGUAAGAUAGUUGAACUCACAAGAUUAGAGUCAUACCGUCAUAUGACUCUAAAAGUAUGCUCCUUUGGACCAUUGGGGGGUUGUCCAAACCCUUCUUUCUUUGAUUUCUCAGUGUUCUCCCUUGUGAUCCUUAAGAUGUCGCCCAAGGAAUGCUCAAUAUUCAGGAAAUCCUUUUAUACUGGUAUUCCUUUAUUCUCAAUUAAAAUAGCAAAAAUGACAAUAAACUAUACCAAUAAAUAUUGAGUAUAGAUAGAGUCUUAUGUGAAUUAAAAUAAGAGUGUCCAAAACGCGUUUCGCCUGAUUAACAGGCUUCCUCAGUUGGCUCUGAAAUUUCUUCUUAUGUUUCUCCGUUUUAAAAAGUUCCGCUGGCCGGUUUCGCCACAUUUAUGCGGCACUUCCUGGUUCCGUCCAUUGGACGUUCAUUUCCGGGUCGCAUCAAAAUGGAACGCACGUGCGUUCCAACUGUCUCCUUCCUGCCUCCACACGUCAGGUGAUCGCUCCACACCACUGGGCAAAGAAGAAUUGGAACGCUUGUGCGUUCCACCUAUGUAUCUCGUUUUAAACACCUAGUAACAGUAUAUCAACAAUAAAAACAUUGUAUCAAUAAGAGAUAUUGUAUCAGAAAUAUUGUGUCUGAAAAAAGAUAGCACAGGGGUAAAUGAAGCACCAAAUUAUAUGAGACCAAAUGGGUUAAUAAUGAUCAUAGAGCCCCUAAUACUUAUUAGCUUGUCAAUAAAAAUAAAGUUGAAAGAGGACAGAAAAUAGACCUAAACAUCUGCAGUGGGUCUAUUGUAGUAGUUUUGAGUGAAGAGUGAGCAUCCAUCUUUAGGGGUUGGUGUGAGUAGGGUAGAGCUGCUAGUGCAACAGUGCAGUUUUUUUUGUAAAAAUUUUUGCAAGGACACAAUUUUAGUAAAAUGAUUGCUACCCCUUUUCCCGGGCUCAUAUCCAAAGACUGCUCUGUCACCGUUCUGAGUAAACCUUCCAAUUCUGUUUUUUGUUCCGGCUGUGAGUGUAUGCAUGUAAUUGCAUAUGCAUAAAUUGCAUAUGCAUAAAUUGCAUAGCCUUUCUUUAAUUUUAUUAAUUUAUUUUCAACUUUUUGCUUACAAUUUGCAUUAAUCUUGUUUUAGAAACAGAAUUCAUGCCUUUCCCUAGACAUUCAUGGUUGACUUAAAUUCGAAAAUUUCUAAUAGAUUUCAGAUGUACCGAAUAGUUGUGUGAACAAAUUUCAGACAAACUGAUAAGAUUUUUGGAACAAAUUAAUGAACAAAAAAGAUUUCCGUGUGCAUCUCUAGUUUAUAGCCCUGCACCAAUAAAAGGUGCAUCAAUGUGGCAUUUGACUAAAAAAAGUGAUCUGUAGGGGUUAUUUUGCUGAUAGUAUUGAUUAUUUUUUUAGACUAUUUUAGAGAAUUUGGAAAUGUGGACAACAUAUGUAAAAGUAGAGGUGUCACCAAUGAAUUGCACCCUAGUUUCCAUGAUGAUUGCCAUUUGUUUAGUAGUUUGCACAAUUUUAUUAGCAUGAUGCCAUAUGUAAGGUGACCUUUAAAAAUAGCCAUUGCUUUAAAAUGUUGUAAGUGGCAUCUCAUAAUCGUUUGCACACAGGUGUAUGCUAGCUCAAGAAAAUAAAUACAGAGAUAAAUGUUAAUCUUUAAUUUGGUGAACGCAUUUAUAAUUAUCCAAUUAAUUCUGCAUCGUGACUAAUUCAAUCAAAAUUGCGAUACUAGCGCUUAAAUAUCCAAGCCGUGAAUAUAGCAAAAUUGGAGAAUUUCCUGCAAAUCACCUGCUUUAGUCUCAAUUUUGCCAUGCACUAAAACUCAGACUUACUUUUAGAUUAAAUAAUAUGCCUUAUUAUGAGACAUUUGGAGCAUUGUUGCAGCAUCUCUACACACGUUAAUCCAAGAGGAAACAUCAGAUUUAGAAUGUGAUUUGCUGUUUUAUAGAAUACCUGUUUAAAAUGUUAAUUGCUUAAUAAAUCGACUAAGUCUGUUUGGCAGACACACCUGACAUUAACACUGUCUAUUCAUUUCUUUAUAAAUGUUAUCAGAGGAAAGAUGUCAGCAGCUCUUUAUAAAGUAAUAAAAACACACAUGAAAUGACCACUCCCCAAAAGCACUUCAGCUUGUUAACACAUGUAUACUUCUAGCCAAAUUUGAGUUGCCACCUUUUUUUGGAGAAAGUACCGGCCAUGCUAGAUUUAAGUACAACUCAAGGAGUGACAUAAGAGAAAAAUGAUGGAAGUGAAAAUUCCCUAAACCACUAAUAAACUACUUAUAAUAUGUGUCUGACUGCAUGUGUAGUGUUGUGUAUGUGUAGCAUUGUAUGUAUACUUACAUAGUACAUAGUUACAUAGGCUGAAAAGAGACAAGCGUACAUAUAGUUCAGAAUUUCUCACAUUUGUUUUUGCUGUUGAUCCAAAAGAAGGCAAAAAAACCCAGCUUGAACGAUUCCAAUUUUGCAGCAAAGUAGGGAAAAAUCCUUCUUGACCCCAGAAUGGAUGUUAGAUAUCUCGUUCGCCAUAUAUUUACCCAGAUCUAGCAUGCUUAUGUUAAAACAUAUAUGCUGUUAUCCACACCAUUUCAUUCUAAGCAAUCCCUGAGAGCAUUUAUCCAAUCCAGCACCUGGGACAAAUGUUUACCUUCCCUUUGAUGAUUUCUCACUAGUUAUAUAUUCUUAAUUUGUACCUAGCUUGGCAUUGAUGUGUUAUUUAAAAAAAAAACUUUUUUCCAUGAAUGUUUGCCGCAAACUCCUGGAGGAGUGUGGAAGCUGACCUCCUGCCCACCAACUAUGGUCCAGGUCUGAGACCCUGUUCGGGAGUUAGCCUGCCCAGCCACCCUUAUCGGCUUUUCCUCGGUGCCCUUGGUUAGGCACAUUCCUUUCUAAAAAAUGUAAGCGACCGCUCCCUCCUUGGUGGCCAAUCGCAUGAACAAACACGCGAACGAUCCUCAGCGCCACUUAGCCACAGCUGCUAUGGAACUAUUUUCAGCAUGAGGACUUCUUGGUUCCCGGUCACCUUGGAUCGUUUGUGCGAACUAACCCACGAAUGGUCCUCAGUAGUACUUAGCCGCGAUUGUUAUGGAACCGUUUUCAGCUAUGUGAUCUUGCAUCCCACUAAGUAUCCCAACUUAGUCCAGUGUUUUAAACCACUUGACGACCUGCCAGGUGCCUGAGACUAAGAAGAACAAAUGUUCCCUGAGAGCCAGACGGAGCACUGGGUAUUUCGGCCGCAGGCGGUGCUGAAAGUUGACCAGCGUAAGUACACAUUUCUGUGGAACUAUUUUGGACAUAGGACCAUGUGUGCGGACGGUGGCAUUUCCUCUAUGCUGCAUGGAUCUGAUCUAUUUGGACAACUUGGGUGCUCAGAUUAGGACUGUUUGGGGAUAUAGGACAUGUGGGGUUACUGUGUGUUUUAUUAUGUUUUUGGCACUUUUAUGUUUUUAUGUUUGGCUCUCUGUUCCUGGGAGAUAAUCAACUUACUGGCCGUUAACUCAAUUAUCUCCCAGGCACAGAAACUACUGGAAGGAACUUGUAUUGUAUUGUAUGGAGAUCCCCUGCUGGGGUCUGUGCAUAAAAGGUAGAGUUGGGCUUAUCAAAAUCAAUUGUACUCCCAGAACAAUGUGUUGUCUAGUUACUGGGAGGUGAAAAGGCUAUUCACUGCUCAGCAUCUUAUUCCAGUUCAUGGAGGAUUGUAAGGACUAUAGCUCCCAGGACUAUAGCUCCCAGGACUGGGAGGAAAUAGAGCUAGUUCCCUAUCCUGUUCCAGUACGCAGAGUCUCCAGGAGGAACCCAGUCAAGCCAUGCUUGGAAGCUCUGCUACACCUUGUACUACUCAUGCCUUCAUAUCUGUAUAUUAUACUCUUGCUAAUUUGUAAAAAAAAAAAUGUAAGCAUUGCACUGAAAAAAAAGAUUUUUUUUUUAAGACGUAAAAAAGGAUGGGAACAAGUUAUGGAAAAGGGAGAGCAAUUUUACUAUAUCCGUAUACAGCACUGAAACGUAAAGCACGUAACCAACCCUAUCUGUGUGUCCCCCUGUCUAUCAGGGCAGUUGAAUAAUUCUAAAUCACAAUUUUACCCUAAACAGCCCAAAGCAUUGAUCUUUCCUUAAUAUCCCAGCCAUAGCCAGGCACAGACCUUUUCCUAAUGGCCUGUUUUUAUUUUCUCUAGGACAGCUUAAUAAGUAAGGAAUAGUUUUUUUGCAUUUAUACGUCAUUCAUUUUGAUGAUCCUUAAACUUCAUUAUUAAAAAUGACAUUUGAAGAUAAUGGGGUGAAGGGGUUACAUUUCAGCGAUGUAGGUACAGCACAGAGGCGGACACUGGCUUAUUAUGUUUUCUUAAUGUUGUCAGAUCCAUCUGCUUUGUCUGGCAACAGAAUGUAUUAUUCCAGUUUUCUACCUUCUCAUUUUGGAGCUCAUUGUUGCAGCGUGUGACAUUAUGUAUCUCUGCCAGUGCAAUCUGUAGCUGAGGGUGGAUAUUUGUCAUCUCUGUAUUAGCAUAUUACAGCUGAAGGGAUCUUAUUUGCAUUCCAGAGACAUCAUGCACCAGACAUGCAGAAACAUGGUAGAGAUUUUGCGUUAUAGCCCUGAUAAUUCAAUUCCGCCUCAAAUCCUAUUCUCUCUUGUUUUCUGCAGCAAUCCAGAUCAUAGAGUGAAAACCUGUAUUAAACCAGCUGUUGAUGUUUGGCAACUCCUAUAGCCUUCGAGCAACUCCUUCGGUGCUGAGGAUGAUAGGAUUUGAAACCUAUUAACUUGGUGUGGCAUGCAAAUUUCCUAACUCUGAUCUACACUCUGAUCUACACAUAAAUUGUGUUAAUCAUGGAUAUUGUUAUAUCCCUAAAAUGUCACAGGCUUAUUGUCAAAAUUUUACUUAAUGAACCACGACCCACAUUAUUUAUUUAUUUUUUUAACCAUAUUUCAUAUAAUCAGUCUCAUGUGAUGUAAUGAAUUGAUUCUAUAUCUACUAUAAUGCAUUCCCUGUGUCUAAUUUCCUGUCAAAUUUGCCACAGUUAAAUCUAUAUCUUGCCAAAUUUCAUCCAGUGAUCUUUGUCAUAUUUGAUCAUAUGAUAUCAUGUAUCAAUCCCUAUUUUGCUAUACAGUAUUUCAUUGUAUGUUCCGUAGGAUUCUAUGACCUCAUAUAUCAUUCCAUAUUUUAGCCCAUGAUCCCCUAAUUUGCUCCAUAUUUUCUCUGUUCCAUUUUAAAUGCCUGAACAAAAACAAACAUAUUAAAUAAAUAAAUAAAAAUACACUUUAAAUGGACGACUACCUGAAAGUGUGAAUAGCUAAUUUGGUUUUCUCAUAUUUUUCUUUUUUUGUGUCAUUCUCUUUUUUUUUAUUUUUUUUAUGGAGGUAGAUGGAUAACAUGCUUAUACGAGAUAACAGUGAAAGAGAGACAAUGGUUUUCACAUUAAUAAGCAUUGACACAAGGCAUACCUCCUUUUUAAAAAAAAAAGAAUAAUGACAUAAGGGAACAAGAAAUGAUGAGGUGACGCUAAUUUUCAUAGGAGCCUGACUUACUAAACUGCAAGGUGAUUAUUUCACGUCAUAGGUAUGCAAAAAUCAAAAAUAAAGAAAUAAUCUACUGGUCCUAACUAGAAAAAUUCAAUUUCCUCACAAUGCAAAUCAUUGUUUAUCUCCUAUUUUAAUGUCCUAGGCUUCAGAUCCCAACAUCUCAUAACAAAACAUACAAUAAGUAUGUACUAUCACCUUGCAAUAAUAUUAGCAUAUUACAAAUGAAUCAAACACCAACACAGUUGCCCUUCAGGCAAAUCUACCCCACUCCUGAGCAGAUAUUAGGCACAAUGUCCAAUAUAACAUUCUCAUAUAUAGAUAUAGCAGCCAUUAAAUCUUGUACUCACAACUGGCAGGCUCCAUUGGACAGUCAAUCCCAAAUUUGCUCUAUUGAAAACAUUAGAGGACGAACCAACAGUUAUGUAUUAAAAUCCAAAAGCUAUAUUUACAGUUAUAGGAAUUUUAACAUUUAAAAAGUACAGAUAUCACUGCAUCCCAAAUAUCAGUACCAUCUCAAUGCACUCAAUAUAAGUCUACGCGUUUCGUAUUAAAACGAUCCCUGAUAAAGGAUACAGUUUUAAUACGAAACGCGUAGACAUUUGUUGGCCAUCAUUGUUCUAUGCAUAGCCCAAUACAUAUCCAUUGUGCAAUUGCAAUGAUAAUACAAUUGACAAAACUACUAUUGUCAAUGAUGCAUCAUAUGGAAUCAGAUAAAUCGAUAUUUUGAUGCCAAAUAUGACUGUAAUCCAAUAUUAGGCAUAUGAUGGAUAUGUAAGUGCUCUUGUGCUAUUCUAAAAACAUGUUCCUGCAUAGACAAGAAGUGCAAAUCAAGGUGUUAAUUCACUUAACUGGGAAUAGUGGAUCACAUAAAAGUCUCGGUCAAUGCAGGUAAAGCCCGGGAAAAAAACCUGACAAAGGGAAUUAUUUUUUAAAUCCUCCUGUUUGGCCUGAAACGCAUGACUAUCUUUUCAAAAAACCAUCAGAUUUUAUGAAAUCAAAUCUGAACAUUGAUAGAAAAGGUAAUUAAUUCACUUUUGUAACUAAAAAGAUAUAUAAAUCCUUAUUGGGAAUAUAAAGAGUAUGUUGUUGCCAAGAAAAAGAAUAUUAACCCGAUGAUAAAAACUAUUAGAACAAUAAAUUAACGUCCGUAUCCAAUCUAUGUUAUGCAGGUUUUCUUGUAGUCAAUAUAGAGGGUUCAGAGAAGGGCUACUAAACUGGUUCAUGGAUUGCGGGGUAAAAUUUACCAGGAAAGGUUAAAGGAUCUUAACAUGUAUAGCUUGGAGGAAAGGCGAGACAGGGGGGAUAUGAUAGAAACAUUUAAAUACAUAAAGGGAAUCAACACAGUAAAGGAGGAGACUAUAUUUAAAAGAAGAAAAACUACCACAACAAGAGGACAUACUCUUAAAUUAGAGGGGCAAAGGUUUAAAAAUAAUAUCAGGAAGUAUUACUUUACUGAGAGGGUAGUGGAUGCAUGGAAUAGCCUUCCAGCUGAAGUGGUAGAGGUUAACACAGUAAAGGAGUUUAAGCAUGGGUGGGAUAGGCAUAAGGCUAUCCUAACUAUAAGAUAAGGCUAGGGACUAAUGAAAGUAUUUAGAAAAUUGGGCAGACUAGAUGGGCCGAAUGGUUCUUAUCUGCCGUCACAUUCUAUGUUUCUAUGUUUCUAUGUUUCUAUAUAUGAAAGAGAUGUAUUGUCCUUUUACUUUCUCUCUGGAGGAUUAAUUAGCUCAUACUUGAAACUGAAAUGUACUAAAAUCUAAAUUAGACUGGGCAAAUUAUUUUUGGGUUCUUAUGCUAUGAUUUGACGUUAGCUGUUCUUGGAUAGGCCUUUAUUGGGUGGUAAGCAUUUUGUAUUUUGUGUUGCAAAUGAGUCACCAAGUAAAUUUUAAAACUACAGUGCGAUAUUAUUUGAUCCUUUACUUUAAAUCAUUUUUUGUAGAUGUAGACAUGUUAUCAGGUUAUGUGACGGUAAGAACUAUGUACCAUACUUCAUUAUUAAUGUGGAAUUGUACAUGCCCCCUUCUGAAUUCCUUUCUUACAUAUUUGUCACACUGCAUGGUUUUAGGUCUGUACAAAAUAAAAGACAAAAGUUAUCAAACACCAACUGGUAUUUCCGAUAAUUGGAGGGCAGUUUUUAACAUCGCUGUGGAUGCAUUAUGGCCAAGUCUUCAUUGCACAAAUUGCUGUCAUUCAUAGACAUUAGAGGCUUUUCGAGCAUGCACUGCUUGUUUACAGACAUACCACAGUAUCUCAACGGGGAUCAAGACAGGACAUUGACUUGGCCAUUCCAAAAACUUGCUUGUUUUCAGUUGUUUUGUGUUGAGCUUACUCUUUUGGUUUGGAUCAUUGUUGUUCUCCACAACCGGGAUAUUCUGCUUUUUAAUUUUUGAUAAAGAGAAGAAUUCAGCAUUCUUUCAAUAAUGUCAAGUCUUCUCUACUCGUAGGCAGUCUUGGGAGUCAUGUUCUGUUUUACAAAAGAUGAGCACGAAUUUCUCUUAGGAAUGGUUUUCACCUUGCAAUUCUCCUGUGUAUUCUGUUUUUCCCCAGUUUUUCUCGUAUUUUUGAAUAAUGUAAAAUGACACCUCUUUUUUGUUUUUGUUUAUUGUAUUUCAAAUAUUUUUAUGGUAAUUUUACAUUAGACAGGAAGUUGUCAAGUUUAGCAUUCUGUCCUAAAUUAUUUCAUGUCAGAUUGUGGUUAAUAGAAUAAAGUCUGAGAUUGUAAUUGUGCAAAAUUGUCUCAACAGUUUAUACAAUAUUUGAAUGUAUAUUAUCUAAAAUAUUUUUUUAUCUUUUCCUCCCCAGCCUUGCGUUCUUGGAAUGACAACAGUUGCAGUCGUGAAUUCCCUUUUGUCUGCAAGAUAUCCUUUCCCACAAACAUGUGAUAAUGCGAUUGUUUGUGUAUAGAUCAUAACAUGUCAACCUUACAGAAUUAUAUAAUUCAAAAUCUACUUUGUCUACAUACCAUGAAAAAUGUUGUUGGCUAGUUAAAUGUUUAGCUUAUGAGUGUUGCUAGCCUAUGCAUUUAUGUAUAUAUAUAUAUAUAUAUUGCCCAGAACUGAAAACACAUAGGACUCCAUGUCAAAUUCCAAAAUAAAAUGUACAGGUCUGCACAACUGAUUGACGGAGUUACUGUGGCAAUGGUGAGUUCAGCAUCACAAUAAGCAUUCAUCGAAAUCCUGAACUACUACUAUUUUUAAAGGGACAGUUUAGGCACCAAAAGCACUUAAUCUUUAUGACGUGAUUGCGAUACACAAAUGCUGCCUUUUCUUUCAGAGAAUGUAAAACAUUGCCGCUUUAGAGAAACAGCAAUGUUUACAAUUAUAUGAUAUUAAGCCGCUAAUGGCUGUCACACAGACAGCAAAUUUCCUCAUGAAGAUCCUGCAAAAUACAAGGUCUUUACAUUCAGAUUCAUCAAGUCCAGCAUGAUGAUAGUGAACUCUCUUAAUGCUUCUUCUAGCUAAACAUUGGAUUCAUUGCUUCUCUAUGAGAAACAUCUUAUUGGCAGAGCGCAGAGAUUACCACGCAUGUCUACGAGAAACAUUGAAUUGAACAUUGAAUUGAAUUGAACAUAGGUUAUUAUUAUUGAUGAAUUCACGGGAAGGGGACAAACUGCACUGUGUGGAAUGAAUUUUAUUGGCAUUUAUAAAUAAAUUAAAAAAAAUGAAAUGGAUUAUUCUCCAGUAAUCUAAACACUAACACUGUAAACUUAAAACAAAUAUAUUUGUGUUUAAUCAUUGGAAACUACAAAGCAGUUAAUUGUUAUGGUGAUGACAUCAGCAAUGCCUGGAAUAUAAAAUCCCAAAUAAAAUAAAUAUGAAUUAAAAAAAUACAAAAUAUAGUGACUUGGGCCCAAGGAAAUCCUUGAAUCCAGACUAGACUGGAUCAAAGUCACCACAAAUGACCAACUCUAAGUGUAAGUUGAAUGAAGAAAACAGGCGAGCAAAGUGGUCUUGGGCCCAUGUUUGAUUUUAACUUCCUCCACUUCCCCCGUCUAUAUGUAGGGUAGAGGUGCAAAAACCACUGCAUUGCUACUUUUACUAUUUGUUAAGAAAGUACUGUGAAUAUUGGGGUCUUUACAUUUUCUUCAAAAGACCCAGGGGUACAUCUCACAUAAUAUUCUUACAGCCAUAAUGCUGGUAAAGCAUCAUGGGAGAUGUAGUCCACAACAUCUGGAGCGUUGAAGGUUGCCUAUCCCUGAUAGAGCGUUAUGUCUAUCUACAAGGUGGCAUUUUGAGGAAGAGAGAGAUACCGUAUUUUCCGGCGUAUAAGACGACUGGGCGUAUAAGACGACCCCCAACUUUUCCAGUUAAAAUAUAGAAUUUGGGAUAUACUCGCCGUAUAAGACUACCCCUCUUCCAAUGCACACCAAAUAAAAAUUAGCCAUGAUGUACAGUGAGCAGACAGAGCUACACAGCAAGACAUUAAAUAAUGAUAAUCUGAAAUAGUAUUUAAAGCCCAGGUAUGUGCCAUGCUGUUUGGGCAUAUAAUCCAUGCCUGCUGGUCUAGCACACAGGAGGCUUAUUGCGUUAUAUUCUUUUUACUCCCCCCCCGUUGUUUUUACUCCCCCCCUCCAUUGUUUUUACUCCCCCC